GCUUGCAUGUCAGUGUUUUUGCGGGCGAGGCCGGUGCUAAAACACAGCACAGCUAGCCAGGGUUGGCGGGAGUUACCGCACAGCUCCAGGGCUUUGCACAUUGACGCGCGUCCCGCUGUACGGACACCAGCCAGCGUGUGGCGACGACAGUGUGUGCAGCGCCCGCAGCCGUGAAGCACUCGCUCCGGGAGCCCCACAAACUAAUUCACCAUGCAGCGCGCCACCUUACUCCUCGCCGGCGCCGCCGCGCUCCAAGCGCCCGUCGCAAGACAGCCACGAAGGACAAUCCUACGAAGCGAGCCGGCGGGCGGCUGGGACACGAGUCGUUAUGGAGAGGCCGGGACCGCGUUGACCAUGGCCGACGAGUCACCGUUUGCCUCCGCGCCCCAGGCGGAGGUCCAGAGCGUCGGGGAAGGGUUGCAUGGGGAAGCGUCUUGUUUUUUACCUUUGGACCAGUUAGAUAACGGCGUGCUGUGGCCGCGCAUCGUCCGUGUAGCAGGGAUCUACCCCGGCUUAACACAAGCGGAGGUGACCGCGGUCCCGAUGGCGCCCGAGCCGCCGGAGCAGGACGGCCUCUGGUUAUUUGACUUUCCGGAUGCUCAUGGUGCCGAGUACGGCGUCGUGGCGAUGCCCGGUUCUGAUCUCAUUUGCGGCGCGUUGGAUCCCGUCGCUAUUGUGGCCUCGUCCGGCUCACUCGGACUGAUGAUCGACGAGAAGGAAUGCCUCGUGAUCAUCGACCGGGGCGAAAUCGAUUUCAGCGACCGGUCCUUCUUCUGCUACGCCGAUGCGAACGGCAACUGCUCCAUCCGAAGGAUGGACGACGCCUACGACGGCUGGACCAUUCUGGGAAAAGUGGCCUGCGUGACGCUGCCGUGGGACGCGGACUCCAUGGCGAAGAAGGGGACGUGGAUGGAGGAGGACGACUAGUCCCUGCGUAACUAGCCUUCGAUGGGAAAUGUUAUACACGAGGGCGGGAGUUAGUCUUGGGUCGGGGGCAGACACGUCUGUCGCGUCGACGGCGUGGGGAGCCUU